UCAUCAACAAACUUUUGGGUCUCACACCGGCGAUGCUCAUCACUGGCACCAGCAUCCAUGGUCUCCCACAGAAGUUCCUCAACAAGAAUCUCAAACAGAAGUUCCAGAUCCAGGGUUUCACACCGGUAACCACAGCAGCCGGCACAGGAGGUCCAUCAGCAGAGACCACACAGUGGAGGUGCUGGUGGUGGCGGAUAAGAUGAUGGUGGGAUACCACAAGGCCAAGAACAUGGAGUCCUACCUGCUUACCAUCAUGAACAUUGUUGCUAAGCUGUACCGGGACGCCUCCAUCGGAAAUCUGAUCAACAUCGUGGUGACCAGACUCAUCCUCAUCACAGGAAACCAGCCAGAGCUGGAGAUCACAAACCACGCUGACAAGUCGCUGGACAGCUUCUGUAAGUGGCAGGAAACCAUCCGGCCUCGGCACGGCACAGAGGAUUAUGGGAUAGCGGACCACGAUAAUGCGGUGCUCAUGACCAGACUCGACAUCUGCACCAACAAGAAUGAGCCAUGUGGAACUCUCGGUCUGGCGCCGGUGAACGGGAUGUGUAAAGAGGCGAGAAGCUGCAACAUUAACGAGGACAUCGGGCUGGCGUCGGCCUUCACCAUCGCUCACGAGAUGGGACACAAUUUUGGCAUGCAGCAUGACGGGAUGGGUAACGAGUGCGGGCUGAACGGGGAGCCGGCGCGAAUCAUGGCGGCUCAGCUGACACGCGACGCGCAACCCUUCUCCUGGUCCCGCUGCAGCCGCGAGUACAUCACCAACUUCUUAGAUAAGGGUCAGGGGCAGUGCCUGUUCAACACUCCUCCCAGGUUGGACUUCAUCUUCGAGGAAGAGAUGGCAGGACAGAAGUACAGCGCAGACAAGCAGUGUGAACUUCAGUACGGGUCGGAGUCACGGCACUGUAACCUGGAGGUGGGUGUUUGUUUGUUUGUUUGUUUGUUUGUUUGUUUGUGUGAAGUACAGCGCAGACAAGCAGUCAAGCAGGGCCAGUGUACCACUAACAGCAUUCCUGCAGCAGAGGGGACCGACUGUGUCAUCGCUGGGGAGCCUCAGGAGACCAACAGGGGGUUAGAGUUGUGGUGCAUCAGUAAACAGGGCCAGUGUGCCACCAACAGCAUUCCUGCGGCCGAGGGGACCGACUGUGUCAUCGCUGGGGAGCCUCAGGAGACCAACAGGGGGUGGUGUUACCAAGGCGACUGCGUGCCGUUCGGACACCGCCCAGAGGCGGUGGAUGGCGGCUGGGGACCGUGGUCCGACUGGAGUGCGUGCACGCGGACAUGCGGGAUCGGGGUCUCUUUCUCGGAACGACACUGCAACGAGACUGCCCCGGCCCACGGAGGGAAAUACUGUGUCGGGGAGAGGAAAAGAUAUCGAACCUGCAACACCAUGGAUUGUCCCCUGAAUUCCCGAGACUUCCGAGAGUGCAGUGUUGACCCCUGUGCCCUGACCUGCCUGGCCGUCGGUUAUAACUUCUAUACGGAGCGGAGAGCGAAGGUCGUGGACGGGACCCGCUGUUCCAACGACCCCUUGUCAUUUGAUAUCUGCAUCAACGGAGAAUGUCGGCUGGUUGGCUGUGACCGGUUGCUGGACUCGGACACGGUGGAGGAUAAGUGCCGCCUGUGCGGCGGGGACGGCAGCACGUGUGAGACGGUGUCUGGGGAGGUGGACAACGACCUGCCAAGGGGGAUCAUACCAGAAGACCUGACCAUCCCUCGAGGAGCAGUGCACAUCAGGGUGGAGGAGAAACACAUCUCAGAGAACUACUUAGCCCUGAAAGCAGGCGGAGUUGGGGAGGAGUACUUCAUUAACGGCCAGUGGACCAUCGACUGGCCGAGCACCUUCCAGGUUGCCGGGACAACCUUCAGCUACGAGCGGCCUGACGGGGAACCGGAGUCCCUCUCAGCGCUAGGGCCCACUAAGGAAGUCUUGGAAGUCAUGAUCCUUCUUCAGGAGGCUAACCAGGGAAUCCGCUGGCAGUACAACGUUCCUCUGAGCGGGCUGGGCAGCGGAGACGGCGAGGUGGUGUUCACCUGGCAGCACGGGCCGUACUCCGAGUGUACCGCUACCUGCGCCGGAGGCAUAUCCACCUCUGCAGCGCUGUGUAUCCGUGACGACGACCGGUCCAUCGUGAGCGACUCCUACUGUGACCAGGAAGCCAGGCCCAUGGAGAAAACUCGCGCGUGCAACGAGGACCCCUGUCCUGCAGAAUGGUUCCGUGGCGAGUGGCAAGAGUGCAGUAAGUCGUGCGACCGCGGCACGCAGACCCGAGAGGUGUACUGCUACCGCACAGUCUCGGCCCUGGAGCAGGAAAUAAUUCCCGAGACGGAGUGCCAGACUCGGAAACCCGUUGUGCGGCGCAGCUGCAACGUUGACCCCUGCCCUCCGACCUGGGUCACCGGCGACUGGUCAGAGUGCACGCCGAAGUGCGGAGAUGGCGAGAUGACCCGUACUGUCUCCUGCAUGACGACCGACGGACAGAACCUGACCCCUGACCGUUGCCCCGGCAACACCAAACCCGUCAGCAAAGCGCCGUGUAACGCCGGAGCCUGCCCGCCACCAAGAUGGGUCACUGGGCCGUGGAGUCAGUGUUCUGCGGACUGUGGUAAGGGGCAGCAGCGGCGCACCAUCCAGUGCCUGUCUCCCGUAACGGACCUCCCUGCGACGGACUGCCCCACCACCCUGCGCCCCUCCGACAUGCAGGAGUGUGUCUCCCCAUGUGACUCUGUCGACGUGGGCGACACCGCGGACGAAGAUUGCAAGGAUGUGAACAAGGUUGCGUACUGUCCACUGGUGCUGCGCUUCAAGUUCUGCAACCGAGAAUACUUCCGGCAGAUGUGCUGUAAAACGUGUAAAGAAGUCCUGAAGCAGCAAAAUGGCGGCUAGGCGCGCUCCAAACCCCCUGCAGUGUUAUGUGUAAGGAACUCUGAUGGUCGCACCAACUCUGUUCCUUGUUUCUUCUGAUACUAUGACGGACAAGUUGAGGGGGGUCAAGAGAAAUCUCAACAUAUUUCUAACAAAUACCAAAUAUGAAAGGUGGCACUGUUAGGUAUUUUCUUAAUUUUGCAAUUUAGAGAAAAGUUCUUUGUACUACAGAAAAUCUAGUACUACAU